AUGAGCGUUGUCAGGGACUUACACGGGAUCGGCUUCAGAGGCGGCGGCGGCGGGGUGGCGGCCCCGCUGAGCGCCCCGGCCCACUUCACGGAGGAUGCCCCGCGGCCGCCGGUCCCCGGCGAGGAAGGCUCUGACGUGGAGCCGCCCGCGCAGUCGGCGGCCACCCGACCGGGCGCACUCUCGCAAACUUUUCCGCUUUCCAUAUCCGCCAAGAUGGCCGACUCCUCGGGCUAUGCGCCCUCCUCCUCGUCAUCCGCGACACCGCGCCGCCCUGACCUGGACCUAGGCUACGAACCGGAGGGCUCGGCGUCUCCCACGCCGCCCUACUUGAAGUGGGCCGAGUCGCUCCACUCGCUGCUGGACGACCAGGAGGGCAUCCAGCUGUUUCGCAACUUCCUGUGCCAGGAAGGCUGCGCCGACUUGCUGGAUUUCUGGUUCGCUUGUUCGGGAUUCCGCAAGACGAGUUCGGAGAAGCGGCCUAAACUGGCCAAGGCCAUCUACAAAAAAUACAUUGUGGACGGUGGCGGCAUCGUCUCCAGGCAAAUCAAGCCGGCCACUAAGAGUUUCAUACGAGACUGCGUAGGGAGGCCGCAUCCUGACCCUGCCAUGUUUGAGCAGGCCCAGACAGAGAUCCAAGCCACGAUGGAGGAAAAUACUUACCCUCUGUUCCUCAAGUCUGACCUGUACUUGGAAUACACGCGCACUGGUGGCGAGAGUCCUAAGCUGAACCCCAGCGACCAGAGCCCGUCAUCAGGGCCCGUCAAGCCUGUACCGGGCUGCUUGCCCACUCUGACGGAAGAUGAGGAGUGGAGGUGCGGGAGCGGGCAGAGAGAAGCGGAGCAAGAGAAAGAGGAGUGCGGAGAUACGCCGGCGGGGAGGCUGACCCACAGCUUGCUAAUGCAGACCGUACCGCAGAGGACCUCCAACAACAGGCGGCGGCAAGACACUCGGGAGUACAGGCCCUUGAGAGAGCCGGUGAACCCUUACUACGCUAACAUGGGUUAUGCCCGCGCCCCUGCCACCAGCGCUAACGACAGUGAGCAGCAGAGCAUGUCUAGUGACGCUGACACUCUGUCGCUGACCGACAGCAGCGUAGAUGGUAUUCCUCCUUACCGAUAUCGGAAGCAGCAUCGCAAGGAGAUGCAUGAAAGUGCCAAAGCUAACGGACGUGUGCCCCUACCUCAUAUACCUCGCACGUAUCGCAUGCCAAAGGACAUCCACGUAGAGCCCGAAAGAUUUGCAGCUGAGCUCAUCAGGCGGCUGGAGAUGGUUCUUCGGGAACGUGACGCCGAGGAGCGACUGGAAGAGAGAUUGAAGAGAGUUCGACUGGAAGAAGAGGGGGACGAAGCCGACAUCUCUGUCACCACGUCCAUGUCGUCGCACAGCAUAACGCUUCCGCUCCCUUCGUCUUUCCCACCACUCUAUGGAGCCCAUUACUCGGAGACCACUGCCAACACGGUGGCCGUCACCACCUACGGCGGUCUGGUGGCCAUGGAGGACUCUCACGAUGACGACCCGGAGUCCAUUUUGGAUGACCAUGUACAGCGGGUAAUGAAGACGCCAGGCUGCCAGUCGCCGGGCGCCACCAACGUGGCCUUGGGAGGUUGUGGCCGUCAGACACCGCCCAAAUCAUCGCGGUCCCCCGACGGGGGCAUCGGACCACCUCACUACCCGACGCACAGAGUGGGAGGACACAGUCUGCCUCCUGCCGGGGUCAAAGGUAUGCAUCACCACAAGCAGCUAUACCACCACCGAGGACGAGAAGGUCAGGAAGAGGGGGGAUCCAGGUCGCAACCCAACUUCCUCUGGAACGGCGAGGCAGCCGCUCAGUACGCGGCCAGGAGUCGCAACUACGGCGCCGGUGCCAGCACCAUGGAUGGAAUGGGCUACAAUAGUAAAGGAAGCACCCUGUCGAGGCGAGGCAAGAAAACGUCAGAAGUGUCUGGCAAGGGUGACGACUGUGGCCGUGGGAUGGACACACAGGUGCCGCUGGAGGACCUGGAAAGGAACCAAAAGAUCCUCCAGUGGAUGAUGGAGGGAGACAGACAGAGGAAAAGUUCCCACGGCGGUAGCACCAGCAGUUCCCGGCGAACAGGGGGCAGUAGCGAGUCGCCGCGGCCCACCUCGGUGGAGCGCCCGGGCGCUGUCCACCCAUGGGUGUCAGCCCAGCUACGCAACAACCCGUCCUCGGUGCCGCCUGCCCUCAUGGCACACCCUUCCUCUGUGGCGUCCACGCAGGUCCAGCCUUCUCAUCCCUUCAUCCAGGACCCCGCCAUGCCGCCCAACCCGGCGCCCAACCCUCUCACGCAGCUGGAGGAGGCCCGGCGCCGGCUAGAGGAGGAGCGCCACUGGGUGGCCAUGCAGCAGGCUAAGCAAAGGCACAAAUCUGGAAAGAGGCAAGUGUGCGAGAACAUGACUGUGGCCUACUAUUUCUGUGGAGAGCCCAUCCCGUACCGGACCUCCGUCAAAGGCCGAGUGGUGACUUUAGGCCAGUUCAAGGAGCUGCUCACCAAAAAGGGCCACUACAGGUUUUACUUCAAGAAGGUGAGUGACGAGUUUGACUGCGGCGUGGUGUUCGAGGAGGUGCGCGACGACGACGCCAUCCUUCCCAUCUUCGAGGAAAAGAUCAUCGGCAAGGUGGAGAAGGUGGACUGA